AUGAAUGAGAAUGAUGUAGUUAAACUAGCACACGAGAUCUUCUUCAAUGAUCACAAGAUCAAAUUUAAUCUUCAACAUGCGUGGGAUGAGUUAAGGUAUGACCAGAAAUGGUGUGAAGCAUCUAGCAGUAAGAUUGAUGGAAGCUGUAAGAAGAGAAAGUGCGACGAUGGUGCUCAGUCCUCAAGCUCUUACACAACUACCAAUGAUGCUGAGCAACGUCUUCCUGGUGUCAAGGCCUCAAAACGAGGAAGUGGUAAGAGAAUCGGUGAAGCCCUCAAGGGUGUCUCUGAGUUUCAGAACUUGUGGGCAAUUAAGGAGAAAGAUUUGGAAGUGAAAGAGAGAUUGUCCAAGAUGGGGCUGCUUGAGACUCUCAUUGCCAAAAAAGAGACACUAUCUGACUUUGAAGAAGCUUUAAAAACGAAGUUUAUUACAGAAAUAUUGGCUUUGUAUCAGGCGGCUCAGAGUAGUUUGUUCAUCACAUAG